UCCAUUAUCGCCCGCAAAAAAGAAACGUGAAUUUUCUAACUCUUCAAAUAUGGUCCGUAAACUCAAGUUUCACGAGAAGAAACUGCUCAAAAAGGUUGAUUUUAUAUCAUGGGAAGUUGAUAACAAUCUGCAUGAGUUAAAAGUGAUGAAAAAAUACUACAUACAAAAGAGGGAAGACUACACGAAAUAUAACAAACUUUCCCGUCACAUACGAGAGCUUAGCAGAAAAAUUAAGGAGAUAGAUGUUAAAGAUCCAUUCAGGACUGAAGCAACUUCGCAACUAUUAGAAAAAUUACAUUCUAUGGGACUGGCACCCACCAAGAGCAGUCUGGAACUGGCUGACAAGGUGACAGCUUCAUCAUUCUGCAGACGGCGGUUGCCAGUUGUAAUGGUACGGAGUCAUAUGGCAGAAAAUUUGAAAGCAGCUGUGACAUUUAUAGAACAGGGCCAUGUGAGAGUAGGUCCAGAGGCAGUCACAGACCCAGCAUACCUAGUCACCAGGAUGAUGGAAGACUUUGUCACCUGGACUGAUACUUCUGCCAUUAGGAAACAUGUCCUAGACUACAAUGAACUGAGAGAUGACUAUGAUAUGAUGGCAUGAGGGGUGAACAGAGAGACAGUCAGGACCAGACCUAAGCAACAGUUACGAGGGACAGUCUACAGUGGACUCAUACAUAAGUACUAUUGUACAACAUCCUAAUCCUGCAGUGUUGAACAGAAUUUGACUAUUUUACAUUGAGCCUAGUGUUUAUGAAAAGUAAAGGUUCUGGAUGAGAUUGGACUGUUCACCACAGUAUCAAACUGAACUUCAUACAAUCAAAAAGUUGUCCCAAUUGGUCUAGGAUGUGUUGUGCUCAAAUUAGCCCAUGCUCCAUAGGCAUUCUGGUCCUACCACAGGCCCAUAGUCAG